AUGACGAGACACUCGUCUGGAUCGACCGACGACGGUGACGAAUCGCCUUCCCUUGAUCCCGAUGCUCCCGCCGCCGAGGUCGACAGCCGGCCCUCCGGGCUCAAGUCUCGUCCUCUCUCGACAAGGAUAGACCGUCGGCCCAGCAAUCUCGAUUGGAGCCAUUCUGUCUCCGUCAAUGGCAAUGGCCCUGCUUCCGCAAAGCCCGUGGCACCCUCUCCCCCUCUCUCACAGUCGCCAACUUUGCCCGCGACGUCAUCGGGAAUGAGCCAUCCUAAACAAAGUCCGCCUGCUCGCAACCGAAGCCGUGGCCCUCACUUUGGCACUUGGUCAAUAUCCUUCUUCGCCCUUGCUACCGCCGCGCUUGGUCUGCUUCUCCUUGGUGGCAUUGUUCACUCCUUGGUCUCGCGGCAGCAAGACGCAAAGGGCUGCCGCAUGUCAUACAUGCGCCCAUCAUAUACCCACUUCCGUGAAUUCGACACCGAGCACACCCGUUUUGCGACUAAAUACUCUCUUCAUCUCUAUCGAGAGCAGGGGCUCGAUGACGAAGUCAAGCUACGCGGAGUUCCGGUUCUCUUUAUACCUGGCAACGCUGGCAGCUACAAGCAAGUCCGUCCGAUUGCAGCCGAGGCAGCCAGUUAUUUCUAUGAACGUCUUCAGCACGACGGAAGCUCGCUUAACUCUGGCGUCCGCAAUCUCGACUUUUUCACUGUCGAUUUCAACGAAGACAUUACCGCCUUCCACGGCCAGACGUUGCUGGACCAAGCCGAAUAUCUCAACGAAGCUAUCCGGUACAUUCUCUCAUUAUAUUCGGACCCCAACAAGGUUUUCCGCGACUCCGACUUGCCUGAUCCUACAUCCGUCAUCAUAAUUGGUCAUUCAAUGGGCGGUGUCGUUGCUCGCAGCAUGCUUGUGCAGCCAAACUACCAGGCCAACUCGAUCAACACCAUCAUUACAAUGUCUGCGCCACAUGCCCGUCCGCCAGUCACUUUCGAUGGCCAAAUUAUUCAAAUCUACAAUGAGAUAAACGAGUAUUGGAGGAGAGCCUACACCCAGAAGUGGGCGAGCAGCAACCCUCUUUGGCAUGUCACGUUGAUUUCGAUUGCCGGCGGCAGUCUUGAUACUGUUGUCCCUUCCGAUUACGCUGAUAUUGACUCCCUCGUGCCAGAGACUCAUGGCUUCACUGUCUACACUACGGGUGUGCCAACAGUAUGGACGAGUGCUGACCAUCAAGCUAUCAUGUGGUGCGAUCAAUUCCGCAGAGUCGUCAGCCAGGCUCUGUUUGAGGUUGUUGAUGUCCACCGGGCUAGUCAGACCAAGCCUAGAGCUGAGAGAAUGACUACCUUCAGGAAACGAUUUUUGACCGGAUUAGAGCCCAACGCGCAAAAGACUAUCAACCAGGGCCAAGCCACUACCUUGCUCGUGAUCGACGAGAGUACCCAGGAUCUUGUGGCAGUAGGCCAGCGUCUAGUUCUCAGGCAACUUGGCAACUCUUCGAGCCCUCAAGUACACUUGUUGCCCAUCCCACCACCAACCGACUCCGCCAGCAAACGAUUCUCAGUGCUCUCCAACAGCCCACUCAGCGAUGUUGGGGAAUCUGGUCCGCUCGAGGUGCUAUUUUGUAACGUACUAACUUCACCUGCUGCCAGUGUUGCUUUCAUCGCGACAAUGGACUUUUCUCAAAACAGCAAAGUGAGCAUGAAACUCGCCUGCAAGAACGCAGCUGGUGAUGUGGCUGUUCUACCAGCUUCAACCAAGCACACCGUCAACCCAUUUUACCGCGACGGCGAACCUGAACUAGUUCCUUUCUCUCACUUGAGGUACAACUCUGAACAUCUUUCAGACUAUCAUUUCGUCGCCAUCAUUGAUAAGGCAGAAUCGCCAAUUGACAAUUUCGUUGUUGCCGAGUUUAGUGACGUGCUGGAUUUCGAACAAGAGCAUAACAUUGUCCUUGGCAAAUUGCUCACCCUUGGUUUGUCAUUCACCCUACCACCAACGCGGUCAACCGUUGUGGAAGCCAAGAUUCCCGCCAUUGAGUCUAGUCUUUUGGCCUAUCAACUCCGACUGGACUCGGAACCCUGUGCUCAGGAUGGUGCUCUUUUUGCGCCAAUGCUGCGCCAAUCUCUGCAAAGUCCACACGAAUCGCGUUACUUUGUGAAUGUAUCGCAAAUCGGCAUCAGUCUGCAUGGCGCAGCACCAUACAUGCCACCGACUAUGGCUCAUAAAGCAAACAAGGGUGUCGUCUUGGAAUUCUUCUCAGAUCCGACAUGCAAGGCUCCAAUCAAAGUCACCAUUACUUUUGAUAUAUUGGGCAGCUUGGGCAAACUGUACAUGCGCUACCGGACAGUUUUUGCGGCAUUUCCGCUUCUUAUCGUUACCUUGGUUCUUCGGAAGCAGUUUCGCGUCUAUGACGAGACUGGCGUUUUUAUUUCCUUCUCGGAGAGUCUUGACCUUUCGCUCCGCCAAUCAAUCCCGCUAUUACUUCUCUCACUGACACUCCUGGCAACAUCCAUUGGCGUAGCGCCGCAGGUCGAUACCAGCAGACGCGGCUGCCCCUUGGCUGACACAGUAUCGGCUAUCGAUUUUCAUCGCAAUGAUCUUUUGAUCGGUACCGACGAUCCAUUCUUCACUUUUAUGGUCCCCUUGAUUGGCGUUGUCUGUAUAGGAGUCUGCACAGCCCUGCACUACGUCAUUCUGCUUCUCACGCAGCUUUUCAGCCUUGUCUUUGUCCUGUUUCGACGCCGUGGGAGCACCGACAGUGCCAAUGGCAGCGCUAGCUCAGCCUCUCCGAUCUUUGCGCCAUCCACACCUCGACGACGCAUGAUUUCAACCGCAAUUCUUCUUUUAUUGGUGGCAACAUUUAUUCCGUACCAGUUCGCCUAUCUCGUUGCUUGUCUGGUACAGCUCUUCACAUCUGUCAGAGCACUCCGUUUGAGUACUAUCACGCCUUCCACAUCCAAUGUCAACUACUACCACUAUACACACUCGAUUCUUCUGUUGAUGAUGUGGGUUCUCCCCAUCAAUUUGCCCAUUCUGGCCGUGUGGGUGCGGAAUUUGGCGGUGCACUGGCUUACACCCUUUUCCUCGCACCACAAUGUACUCUCCAUCACGCCCUUUAUUCUCUUGGUCGAGAACAUGACGACUGGCCGUAUGGUUCCGCAAAUAUCAAGCUGGUUGCGACACGUCACGAGCAUACUCUUGUUCACCACUGCGCUGUGCGCCGCCAUAUACGGCGUUUCCCAUGCCUACCUAUUGCAUUAUUUGGUCAAUAUUAUCGCUGCCUGGCUCGUCAUCCUUCACGCUACUUCGACAUCGUGGUCUGUCAGUAACCUUGGCGCCAUGUUCGAAGGAAAUGCAAAUGAAGGUAGAACGGACGGCAAGGCAUCAUAA